AUGUCUUGCAAUGAGAUCCCCCUGACAUGUCCCCCCGCCAACCGAUGCGGCACACACACCACAGUUUGGCUCAACCUGACCUCCAACCCUUCAGCUAACGACGGGAUCGUCGUGACUAACGGCUGUGCCCAUUUUGUUUCACCUGGUGUGACUGACGACUGUUGUGCCUGGAGAACUAACGUGGCCGUGAAAAACUGCAGCAGCUACCUGGUGUACGCGCUGGGACACACACGGCACCAGUGUGCUUACGCCUUCUGUGCUGGCACGGAGGUCCCAUGUCCUGAAGGGUACGGAUCACCCAACUCUGACUACACUCCUGGUUGCGAAGACAUCGACGAGUGUGCUACCGGCACGAGUGGAUGUAGCCAACUUUGUGAAAACACAGACGGAAGUUACUACUGUAGAUGUAAUGAUGGCUACCAUCUGGGCCCUGACAACCACACAUGUACAGUACCAUGGUGGAUUAUUCUACUGUCAGUGUUGGCCGGGAUCGUAGUGAUUAUCCUGAUCAUCGUCUCCGCUUUGUGCAUCUUAAAGCAUGGUCGAAAAGGGUAA